CACCGUAUCUCGCUUUGUGCUUACAAUACAACCUUGGAUAAUACAAAACGGAUUAUUAUACCACAAUUCUCAACAUGACUCUACCAGACAACAUCGAAUGUGCUCCUGAGCAAUCCACAAGAAGACCAACCGAUAUUGGAAUGGCUCUAAGAGAGGUACUGGUCAAGGCUCUGGCCAGUAACCGCCUUACCAGUGGGGUGUUUUCCUGUGUGACACUUCUGAACACCCAGCCUGAAGACGUGUCCGUCUGCGUACUUCCAGAUGUUGGACCACAAAUGGAUGUCACCAUCAACAUUCAACACAAAUUGUUGGAGGCUUACUGUUGGGAGAAUGACAUCCCUGUCCUUCGUGUUGACAGUGGAGAAAAACUCAGCUCCAUCCUGAAGUCCACUGCCGCAAAUAACAACGCCUCCGAGAUGUCCGAUACCAGCUGUGUCCUUGUACAGAAUCCUGUUACAUCUACAAAAGACGAUUCUCUCAUUAACAAAUUCUAUAAUGACGUGAUGGCGAGCGAUAUCUAUCCACGCCCUAUCAUCCAGCUUCCAGUCUGACCUGUACCUGGUCAGUAACUUUGACAACUGCUCAGGAAGCCCAUCCUGAGAAAGAUCAAAAAUCAAAAGUCAUCUUGACUAGACGAGUAUCGUCUGACCAACGACCCAGCGUUUGGUCCCCGAUAACUCCAUGCUUGAUCAACGUCUUCUCGGACAUUUUUGGGUCAGAUAAAGUCAUCCCCACGUGAGACGCGGCCAACCGUGGCCAUAUCUGGACCAGCCCAGAAACACGUGGAGUUGUCUGACCCCGUCCCGGACAAAGAAGAGGAUCAUUGGAGUGUGCUUAUUCACAUGAAUCGCUAAGGACACAUUAUCAAAAUGCUGAUCUCGAGCCGAUAAUCACAAACAUCCCGACAACCGUUAAGAGUUAACGGACUAACUCCAUUGUCACAUGAUCAUAUGGACAGCUGUCGCGUUUGAAAACAACACAACAGGCGAAGGUGUUUGCCUUGGAUUGUCAUACAAAUUACAACCAACAAUUUGAAUAUGUUAAUCGGACGUUGAACUUCCAUUCAUAUGUGUUUGCAUGGCAACACAUUUUGCAAAAAGUAACGGAAGUGCUUAGAAUGCAUCUCGCCAUACUGACAGGUGCUUAGAAAAGACUCGUAGUGAAUAUGAACAUUAACAUAUAUGCAUAUUUCAUUAUGUUCAUUAUGUGUUUAAUUCAUAUAUGAUUAAUAAAAUCACUUGAUUUCAA